GUGCUCGACGUUCUUCACGAUGGAAGGCGACCAACAACAGCAAGAUGACUGGGUAAAUAGCCGCAAGAACCGUCUCCCGUCUUUUACCGAGGUGCUUUCGAGGAGGACGAGACCGCCUGUUGACCUGUUCAUGUUCUAUCUUUUCUUGCAAAGAGAGGGGGCCGAGGACAUCCUUGAUUUCUGGCUUGAUGUUCAGCAGCACGAAAAUCUGUGUCGAGCGUACUUCAAGGAUGUGCGUAAGUCGGGACGAACAAUCAAGGAAGACUGGCCGCAGUAUUGGGACUAUGCUCGACGACGAGGGUCCAUCUACGGCACAGUCGUCGGUCUCAACCCGCAUACGGGCACCAAACGGAGCACCGCGAGCACCGGUGAGAUGCUCUCUGAACAGGAUAAAUACCUUCUCGCCGCGGCCGGCGACGAGAAGGCCGGACGCUCAACGAGCCCGCGCUCUCCUUCCCCCGAUCCUCGCCUGCUUGCAUCCACGUCUCCCGCCACGGCCGUUGAGCACGAUCAACAGCCGCGCUCAUCCACCCCUUUCUCCCUCUCCGGCCGCACACCGACACUCUUCCAUAAACGGGCCUCGCGCGCACCGACGAUCAUUCCUCGUUCUGCGGCCAUAACCCGUCUCGACCUUAUCGCUUCCGCCGAACGCAUCUUCCUCCGUUACCUCUCUCCUGCAGGUGCCGCACCCGGUUCGGGCGAGUCGCACGAGAUCUACCUCCCGCCGUCGCUACGUAUACACAGCUUCCCACUGAAUAGCACGCAGGAGCCGCGCUCGCAAACAGAGCUCGCACUGAUGGCGCAAGUCCCAGACAUGUUUCAUUCGCAGAAGGAGUACUGUUUUCGUGCGAUGGAGCAGGACGCUUUCCCGCGGUUCCUGCGGGCAAAAGCAUUCGGCAAUCUCACGCCCGUGUCGGCACUCGUGCGGCUCGUUGCAGGGCUCGUCAUCCUUUGGAUCGCCCUGGCUGUUGCAUUUUCGCUGGUCUUCUUGGAUGUGAAGCCUAAAUCUGUCCGGUUCUUCCUCUUCAUCCCCUUCGCAUUCGCCGUCCUCUUCCUUAUCUCCCAUCAGUACGAACUCGACCCCAUCCUUGUCUUUUUAGGUCAGUCCGAAACGACGCCCUUCCGCACGUUGCAUAUCCGCGAGCCAUAUGUCAAGAAGCUUCUCCUCGGCCGAGCUGUCUGGGUGACCAUCCUUGUCGCCGCCUGUGUCACCGCUCUCACGCUCAUUUUCUGGGCCGUGCCCGGCCAUCGACUGUGACUGUAACCGUUCCGCCCUGGCUCUCGCCCGACAUCCGUCACACGUCGAGCAUAUAUGAUGCUCAUAUCCAAAUGCCGCUCUCGCUCUGCGGUCCUCCCUCCCUCCUCUUAUACUUCACCCCCAUUUUCUAUUUCUUCGCUCCUUCCGUGUCGAUAUCGAGCUAGCCUAGAAAGCCUGUGUACGGGAUACCGAGACCAACCAAACGCUGAUACUGGUACACGAUCGAUACCUAGAACUUGACGAUGCACCCGACUGCCCGCGUAACUUAAUAUCCUUCCCUUCCCUGUUGAAUAAAUAUCUUCAUACCUUUACACAUACCUUGCCCCGUUCAUACCUUCGCCGUCUUCCUAUACCCUUUAGCCUUUAUUCUUCUCACUUGUACCUCGCUUCUUCUGCAACGCUCCCCCCGCCGCUCCUUUAGUCGCAUGGACUAUUCGCUCCCCCCUGCCCCGUCCCGCCUCCUCCCUGACUAUCGCUGCCUGCCUGAUUUAUUUAAUUAUAGGUUUUUCUUGACGAACAUGAAGCAUAUGAGGAUUG